AUGGUGUCACUAAUUUCUAAUUUGCAUAGCUAUUCUCUGGGCCUGUGGCUUCUGAUUUUUGUAAUUCUAAAUUAUGCUGUUGUGAAUUCUAUAUACUAUGCCUGUUUGGGGAUUGGGGCAAGUACUUGCUUCCUUAGAACAUCCAUCCAUUCAGCAUAUAUUGAGCACUGUCUGAGCGUGUGGGGCUUCCCUGGUGACUCAGAUGACAAAGAAUCUGCCUGCAAUGUAGGCGACCCGGCUUUGAUCCCUGGGUCAGGAAGAUCCUCUGGAGAAGGGAAUGGCAACCCACUCCAGUAUUCUUGCCUGGGAAAUUCCAUGGACAGAGCAGCCUGGCAGGCUACAGUCCAUGGGGUCGCAAAGAGUCGGAUAUGA